GGCCAUCCAGCUGGACGGGCAGAUCCUCUUCUCGCUGCUGCACAAGGUCUCGCCCAUGGCCUACAAGCACCUGAGCAAGCAGAAGAUCGACCCCAUCCUCUACAUGACGGAGUGGUUCAUGUGCGCCUUCUCCCGCACGCUGCCCUGGAGCUCUGUCCUGCGCGUCUGGGACAUGUUCUUCUGUGAAGGGGUGAAGAUCAUCUUCCGCGUGGGCCUGGUGCUGCUCAAGCACACGCUGGGCUCCUCGGAGAAGCUCAAGUCCUGCCAGGGCCAGUACGAGACCAUGGAGAGGCUGAGGGCCCUCAGCCCCAAGAUCAUGCAGGAGACCUUCCUGGUGCAAGAG